UAAGCCCACCGUUAUUUACACGGCAACAAGUCUUCCCUGCCUCUUUCCCUGAGCCAGGCCCGCCUCGAAAACCCUAGCGUCGUCGUCGUCGGCGGCGGCCAUGGCGUCGGCGGCGUCCAAGUGCUGCUACUACGAGAUCCUCGGACUCUCCCGAGACUGCUCCCCGACCGACAUCAAGCUCGCGUUCCGGCGCCUCGCGCUUACCCUCCACCCCGACAAGCAGGCCCCGGGCUCCGACGUCGCCGCCGCCACCGCCGCCUUCCAGGAGCUGCAACACGCGCACUCCGUCCUCUCCGACCCCCAGGAGCGCGCCUACUACGACUCCCACCGCUCCCAGAUCCUCUUCGCCGACCCCGUCUCCUCCCGUUCCGGCACCGCCUCCGCCUCACCCGUCCCCGACCUAUUCUCCUUCUUCUCCACCUCCGCCUUUUCCGGCUUCUCCGACUCCGGCCGCGGAUUCUACAAGGUCUACGGCGACGUAUUCGACAAGGUAUACGCCCAGGAGGUCGCCUAUGCCCGCCGCAUGGGCAUCCCCACCGACUCCAUCUCCACGCCGCCGGUCAUUGGCAACCUCGACUCCCCUUACACCCAGGUCACCGCUUUCUACUCCUACUGGCUGGGUUUCGGCUCGGUUAUGGACUUCGGGUGGGCGGCCGAGUGGGACGCAUCCCGUGGGGAGAACCGCCGUGUUAGGAGGCUCAUGGAGGAGGAUAACAAGAAGGCAAUGCGCAAGGCGCGGCGGGAGUAUAACGAUGCUGUGAGAGGGUUGGCUGCCUUCUGUAAGAAGAGAGAUAAGAGGGUGGUUGACAUGGCACUGCGGAAGAAGGCAGAGGAAGAGAAAAAGAAGAAGGAAGAGAUGGAGCGAAAGAAGGCUGAGGAGAAGAAGAAGAAGGAGCGGGCAAUGGCGUAUCAAGAGCCUGAGUGGGCGAGGGUGGACGAGAUCGAGUUAGCCUUUGAGGAAGAGGAUGAUGAGGAGACGAGGGAAAAGGCCAAGGAGGAGCUGUACUGUGUCGCCUGUAAUAAGAAGUUCAAGUCGGAGAAGCAGUGGAAGAACCAUGAGCAGUCAAGGAAGCAUAAGGAUAAGGUGGCUGAUCUGAGGAUGGCCUUUAAGGAGGAGGAGGAGGCUCUAAAGGAAGCCGAGGAGGAGGCAGGAGGUGAGUGGGAAGAAGUUGAUGUGGGGUUCGACUUCAAGCCUGCUAACGAGUCCGAGGAGAGUGAUUGGUCAGAUGCUGCAGAAGAGUUGGCUGAGGAGUUGGACGAGGGCUUGGAGGUGGCGGAUGAAGACAAUGGUAAUAAGGACUUCAAUAAUGGGGAGCAGGAGGUUGGUUCAUAUGAUGAGACAAGUGUGUUGGAGGCGAUGUUGUCAAGCCGUAAGAACAAGAAAAGUGGCUAUGUGGUUCCUCAAGAGGAAGCUCCUUCUGUUGUUACAGAGGAUGAUAACAGUGAAGAUAGAAAUUCUGAAGUUAAGAGUGUCAAGAAGAAAGGACGCCGGAGGCGGGCAUCAAAGAAGGGACAAGAUGAAGGUAGUUAUGCUGAUAGUGGACAUGGUAUGAAGAAUGAUGUUCCGUAUGAGGAAUCUGUGCAUGAUAAUGAUGAAAAUGAUGCUGAUGAUAAGGCGGAAGGUCCACCCACUUCUAAUGAUGACGGCACAUCAGCAAGCGUUGGAAGCCAACAGAACGAAAAGACUGACAAUCCUAAAAAGAACAAAAAGAACAAGAAAGGCGCAGAGAAGAAAACAACUGUUUCUGCUGACCUAAAGUUCACAUCAAAGGGAAAGAAGCAAAAGGAGGUUUCGAAGGCACGCAAUGAUUGUGAAACAUGUGGAGAUACUUUCGAGUCAAGGAGCAAGUUGUUUUCUCAUUUGGAAGAAACAGGUCAUGCUGUGAUCAAGGCACGACAGAAAAAGCAUUAAGGCGAGGAAUAAUUAGAUAUUUUUUGUUUGAGCAUUCUCUCUCCCAGUUCUAGUUGGUGGUAGCAUGUCGAUAUCAGUGCUCUGCCAUUCUUGUAACAUGUCUUGUUUUGGGCGCCUCCAUGCACAUGAAGGUUUUGACCUGAAAUCAGUUUCCCUUCC